AUGUUGCCCACAGAAGCCACAGAUAGAAGAAUAUGUGAGAGGAUCCUGGACACUGUAGGACAUACGCCAAUGGUGUACUUGAACAAAGUUACUGAAGGUUUGGAAGCAAAACUUGGUGGGUUACAGUAAUCCUUUACAGUAAUCAACUUUCUGACGAACUUGACGCAUUUUUUAGCCUGUGUGAAGAGCUAGGGUUAUAGCUAGGGCUAACUAAGACUAAAGCUAGGGUUAGCUAAUCCUAUUUUGUAGUAUGGAGACCAAUUUCACAUUUACAGUAACGAUAUCUACUGAAUACACUUUAUAAACCCAAGUUGACUUUUCAGCAGUAAAACUAGAGUACCUAAACCCAACGUUGUCUGUGAAAGACCGUCCUGCUUUGCAUAUGAUAGAAGAAGCGGAGAAAGCCGGUCAUAUCAAGCCAGGAGAUGUUCUGAUAGAAGGAACAUCAGGCAAUCUGGGCAUUAGUUUAGCAAUGGCAGCUGCUGUUAAAGGCUACAAAGUGUUACUGGUUAUUCCUAGUUGCUACAGUAUUGAAAAGGUAAAAUAUUUUUUGGAAAGGCUUAGUAUUACGGUAGGCUUAUUGAAAUAGACUUAAUUUUAAAAAAAAAUUUUUGAAUUUUUAAAAUUUUUUUUAAAAUUAAAAGUUUUUUUUUCUAGCGAGUCAUAUGUAAAGCCCUAGGGGCCGAGAUAGUCAUAACUGACCCCAAACUAGGCAUGGAAGGUGUUGAUCAACGUUUGAAAGACCUUCAUAACCUCAUCCCCAACUCUUACCUAGUGGAACAAUUUUCAAACAAAAACAACCCUCAGGCUCACUACUUAACCACCGGGCCAGAAAUCUGGGCUCAAACUCAAGGCCAAGUUGAUAUAGUCGUCUUUGGUGCAGGUACUGGUGGUACUAUAUCUGGUGUUCGACAGUACUUCGAAGAGAAACAGAAAGAUGUCAAAGCAUAUGUAGUGUUUGAAGACUCAGGCGUUUGUGGAGAGCUUGGCUGUCAUGUUAUUCAAGGCAUUGGUGGUGGAGCAUGUCCGCCAAACUUGCAUCCAGGUUAUGAUGGAGCGGUCAAAGUUAAAAGUGUCGAAGCCAUGGAAAUGGCAAAGAGGCUAGCCAAAAAAGAAGGAAUUCUUUGUGGGAUUAGUGGUGGCGCUAAUGUUGUAGCGGCUAUUGAGGUAGGUAGAUAAAGUUAUUUCUCCUAGUGUUGGGUCAAGAUAUAGAACUCAAACUGGGUCUAAUGUUGAACUAGGCUAGGUCCGGCUGGGUUGGAAACAAGAUUAAAGUUACAUUUUCUCCAUUUUUAAUUUCUAAGGAUCUGGAAAGCUACGGUUAAGAUUAGAGAAUUAUGUGGCUGCGCAAGGGAUAAAGCUAAGGCUAAAAGUCUGGGGUAAGGCUCUGGGCUGGGAUCUAGGACUCAGAGGUCUGGGCUAGAGCUUAAGCGUAGAUUUAGACUUAGGCUUAAGCUUAGGCUUAGGAUUAGGCUUAAGUUUAGGCUUAGGCUUAGGCUUAGGCUUAGGCUUAGGCUUAGGCUUAAGCUUAAACUUAUGCUUAUGCUUAGGCUUAGCCUAGGAAUUUUGGCUAGCGCUAAGGCAAAGGCAAAAUAAAAAUUUUAUUUUUAGCUAGCCAAACGCCCAGAAAACAAAGGAAAACUGAUUGUAACAUGUUUGCCCAGCUUUGGUGAGCGUUACCUAUCAACAAAGUUAUACUCGGAUAUUAAGGAUGAAUGUGAAAAGAUGCCGGAAACUACCUUUGAACAAGAUGCUGAGUACUUUAAACGUCAUUUUAAUUUGACAUAA